GUGAAUCCAACAUCCGCUGAAGCAGAGAGAGAGAGAGAGAGAGAGAGAGAGAGAGAGAGAGGGAGAGAGAGAGAGGGACUAAGAGAAGCUGUCAAAGGAAGGAAAAACAUUUGUUUCUUAUUUCUACAGACAUUUUUCUUUAUUUUCGACCAGCAGAGGGAAAUCCAAGCAGUGUGUGUGUUGACUGUGAUGUUCAAACAAGGCGGGGCUGACCCUUCUGUCCCAUUUUGGACGGAGCACCGGUCCCGCAGGCAGUGAGGAGCCCUGCUGCUGCUCUUUCUGUUUCUGUUGUUUUCAGAUAUUGAAGAAGAAGCGGACAUGAAUUCGGCCGAGCAGACGGUUACUUGGCUCAUCACGCUCGGAGUCCUGGAGUCCCCGAAGAAGAGCAUCUCUGACCCGGAGGCUUUCCUGCAGACGUCCCUGCAGGAUGGAGCGGUGCUGUGCCGGCUGCUGGAGCGACUCAGACCCGGGACGGUGGACAGGUUCUUCCAGGAGCCGAGAAACGACAGCGAGUGUCAGAGAAACAUCAGCGAGUUUAUUAAAGGCUGCGGGGCUUUCAGUGUGGAGGCUUUCGAGGUGAACGACCUCCUGCAGGUGAACUUCUCCAAGGUCCUAAACUCCCUGGUCGUGCUGAACAAAGCGACGGAAGAAUCUGGUGUUUCUGAAGACGACGCGUGCGUGCCGCCCUCCUCUUCAUUGAGGAUCAAAUCUUUCGACUCUUCCAACACUCAGCCUCGCUCCUCUAAACUGCUGCAGCCUCAGUACCGGAGUCUGGACAUGUCGGAGGGCGCUGGCUGCGGCCACAUCCUGGUCAAAGCGCGCUUCCCCUUCCAGCAGACCAAUGAGGACGAGCUCUCCUUCUCCAAAGGUGACAUCAUCAGCGUGAGCCGGCAGGAGGACGGCGGCUGGUGGGAAGGCUCAGUCAACGGCAAGUCUGGGUGGUUCCCCAGCAACUACGUCCGGGAGCUGAAAGGAGGCGAUAAAACAUUAGAGAGGCAGAAGUCGGGCACUCUGAAGAGUCCGCCCAAAGGUUUUGACACGACCAUCAUCAGCAAGACGUACUACAAUGUGGUCCUGCAGAACAUCCUGGAAGCAGAGAGUGAAUAUUCGAGGGAGCUGCAGAGUCUGCUGGGUUCAUACCUGCGCUCGCUUCACCCCACAGACAGACUCACCAGCGUCGACAUCAGUCACAUUCAGGGAAAUCUGGAGGAGAUCUCGACCUUCCAGCAGAUGUUGGUUCAGUCGUUGGAGGAGCACACAAAACUUCCAGAGAAUCAGCAGAGGAUCGGCGGAUUCUUCCUCAAUCUGAUGCCUCAGAUGAAGAUCAUCUACGUGGCGUACUGCUCCACCCACCCGUGUGCUGUCAGCGUCCUCACACAACACAGUGAGGAGCUGGGGGAGUACAUGGAGUCAAAGGGGGCGUCCACUCCGGGGAUCCUGACUCUGACCACCAGUCUGAGUAAACCCUUCACUCGACUGGAGAGAUACCCGACGCUGCUCAAAGAACUGGACAGACACAUGGAGGAGCAGCACCCUGACAGAGCCGACCUCCUUGCUGCUCUUUCAGCCUUUAAAGACUUUGCAGCUCAGUGUCAGGAUGUGAGGAAGAAGAAGGACCUCGAGUUGCAGAUUUUAACCGAACCAAUCAGAAACUGGGAGGGCGAUGACAUCAGAGCCCUGGGCCCCGUCCUCCACAUGUCCCAGACCACCGUCCACACGCAGAACUGUCAGGAGUCAAACGAGCGAUACCUCGUCCUGUUUCCUCACACUCUGCUCAUGCUCUCUGCCAGUCUGAGGAUGAGCGGAUUCAUCUAUCAGGGGAGGAUACCACUGUCAGGAAUACUGAUAUCAAGAAUAGAAGACGGAGAUAACCUGAAGAACGCUUUUGAGAUAUCAGGUGCAGGUGGUCAGUGCGAGCGGAUGCAGGUUGCUUGUAACAAUCAGCACGAUCUGCAGGACUGGCUGGACCUCCUCACAAAACACACACACACUCCGGCUGUGCACACACACCCGCACAAGCCUCAGUCUGUGUGUCACACACUGCCCUCUCAACCCGUCACUCCGUCCAGACACUCAGAGUCUCGAGGAGGCAGCGGCUCAGGAAACAACUACCACACACUCCCCCAUCCAUCUUCACUCGGCACCACACACACCAGCAGCAGCAGUCCGACGUGGGGGCCCCUGGAGCCUCCGAGCACGCCCAAACCCUGGAGCCUGAGCUGCCUCCGCCCUGCGCCUCCUCUCCGGCCCUCUGCUGCGCUCUGCCAGAAGGAGGAUCUGAGUAAAAGUCCAAAGAACAUGAAGAAGCUGCUGCCAAAGAGGAAACCAGAGAGGAAACCUUCAGAGGAGGAUUUCUCAGUCAGAAAAAGUACGGCCGCUCUGGAGGAAGACGCUCAGAUUCUGAAGGUGAUCGAAGCGUACUGCACGAGCGCAAAGACACGACAGACUCUCAACUCCACCUGGCAAGGGACUGACCUCAUGCACAACCACGUGCUCGCUGACACCAGCCUCACUGUCACGGGUAACCCUGGUAACCCGCCGUGUUCUGACCAAUCAGAGGACUCCGAUUAUGACAGUAUCUGGACGGCCACUAGUUACAGGACGGCCUCGUUUUCUCGCUCCAGCAGGCAGAACGUCCACAUGUUGUUCCCGGAGGAGGAGAAGAUCAUCGUGGAGGAGACGAAGAGCAACGGACAAACUGUGGUGGAGGAGAGGGGUCUGGUGGACACCGUGUACUGUCUGAAAGAUGAAGUCCAGGAGCUCAAACAGGACAACAAGAGGAUGAAGAGGACGCUGGAGGAGGAGCAGCGAGCGAGGAAGGAGCUGGAGAGAAUCAUCCGGAGAGUUCUGAAGAGCAUGAACGACCCCACCUGGGACGAGACUAACCUCUGAGACGUUUGGACGAGACUAACCUCUGAGACGUUUGGACGAGACUAACCUCUGAGACGUUUGGACGAGACUAACCUCUGAGACGUUUGGACGAGACUAACCUCUGAGACGUUUGGACGAGACUAACCUCUGAGACGUUUGGACGAGACUAACCUCUGAGACGUUUGGACGAGACUAACCCCUGAGACGUUUGGACGAGACUAACCCCUGAGACGUUUGGACGAGACUAACCUCUGAGACGUUUGAGACGUUUGAGACGUUUGGACGAGACUAACCUCUGAGACGUUUGGACGAGACUAACCUCUGAGACGUUUGGACGAGACUAACCUCUGAGACGUUUGGACGAGACUAACCUCUGAGACGUUUGGACGAGACUAACCUCUGAGACGUUUGACGAGACUAACCUCUGAGACGUUUGGACGAGACUAACCUCUGAGACGUUUGGACGAGACUAACCUCUGAGACGUUUGGACGAGACUAACCUCUGAGACGUUUGGACGAGACUAACCUCUGAGACGUUUGGACGAGACUAACCUCUGAGACGUUUGGACGAGACUAACCCCUGAGACGUUUGGACGAGACUAACCUCUGAGACGUUUGAGACGUUUGAGACGUUUGGACGAGACUAACCUCUGAGACGUUUGGACGAGACUAACCUCUGAGACGUUUGGACGAGACUAACCUCUGAGACGUUUGAGACGUUUGGACGAGACUAACCUCUGAGACGUUUGGACGAGACUAACCUCUGAGACGUUUGGACGAGACUAACCUCUGAGACGUUUGGACGAGACUAACCUCUGAGACGUUUGGACGAGACUAACCCCUGAGACGUUUGGACGAGACUAACCUCUGAGACGUUUGAGACGUUUGAGACGUUUGGACGAGACUAACCUCUGAGACGUUUGGACGAGACUAACCUCUGAGACGUUUGGAUGAGACUAACCUCUGAGACGUUUGGACGAGACUAAUUCCUGAGACGUUUGAGACGUUUGGAUGAGACUAACCCCUGAGACGUUUGGACGAGACUAAUUCCUGAGACGUUUGAGACGUUUGGAUGAGACUAACCCCUGAGACGUUUGGACGAGACUAAUUCCUGAGACGUUUGGACGUGACUAACCCCCAAGACGUUUGGACGAGACUAACCCCCAAGACGUUUGGACGAGACUAAUUCCUGACUUGCAAAUGGGCCAAAUGACGUUCAUACUUUGGACACGAGCUGCCAAUAAAACGUUUUCACUUGAACCAAACCGGAUCGAGAGAGAGAACAGCUGCCAUCCAACAGACCGUGAAGCUGUGACGUCAAAUCAGCUGGUAGGCGCAAUGACAUCACUUCCUGUCAUGCUGCUUUUUACGCCUUCUAUGGACUGCUGACAAACUAAUCACUUCUCCUUUUUGUGUGUUUAUCUUUCAUUCCUGAAUGUUUUUAUUUCCUCUCUGUGGAUGUCUUAAAUAUAAAAAACCUUUAAAUCCUCUUUAAGCAUUUUUUAUUCUCGCAGAGUGAGACGUCUCUCAGAGAGCAUCACAGUUUCUUUUCUUUUAGUUCAGAGGUCGAUUAUUUAAAUGUGUCUUUUUCUAUUUAAAGACCGAAAUCCAAGCAAUGCAACGCCGUAAAAUAUUGUUUUUUAUUAUGAUUUUUACAACUUCAAUAUGCAACUAAGUGUAAAAUGAUUCCUUAUUUUUAUAUCUGUGAUUGUGUUUGUAUUCUGAACAGCUGGUUUUCAUUUGAGACUUUUUUUUCUACUGGACCCGAUCAGUUCUUUCACCAACAAGUGAAACCAGAGACACUAAUGAAGUCUUACUAACGUAUUUAACUGAUGAUGUGUUGUGUGUCGAUUACAGGAGAUAUGAAGAAUCAUCCUCCGUUUAUUUAUUUCACCUGUUUGUCUGAAUAAACUUUAAUAAAUCCAA